AUGCAUGCUGGGGGUCUCGUAGUCGGGCAGGCCACCUCACGCCGCCUGCCUGGCCUGACAGCUGAGCUCCACAGACAGCGACUCGUGCACCUCUUCAUGGACGUUGAGGUCCAAGCAGACUCCUCGGAGAGCUUUGCAUCAGCAGGAGUACGAAGAGAGGACCGGCUCGGACUACGCUGGCGUUGCGCGUGUGUAGCAGGACUCCUAUUGUUGCUGAGUCAGGCCGUCACCGGAGCCGCCGCGUUCGCCUUCGUUCCACGUGUUGUUCUGCACCGCACGGCGGACACCAGCGACUGGAGAGCGGUUGGAAAGCAGCGAGGCACCCAGCAAAGAAGCCGAGCGCUGGUGGCUGGGGAGAGGCGCGUCUUCGAAACUCGGACUGUGUGGAAAAGCAGCACAAGUGGCAAUACUGCUGGCGCCAUGGACGGAGAGCAGGAAAAUGCCAAGAUUAUCGACGGCAAGGCCACAGCUGCAGCUAUUCGGGCAGAGCUCAAAGCGGAGGUGGAGGCGCACGUGCAGUCCUCUGGCGGACCGCCCCCGGGGCUAGCGGUGGUUUUGGUCGGGGACAGGCGGGACUCGGCAACGUACGUCCGGAUGAAGAAGAAGGCGUGCGAUGAGAUAGGGGUCAGCUCCUUCGGAUUCGAUUUCCCGGAGGACGUGACUCAGGAUACGCUCCUAGCUUGCGUUGGAGAACUGAACUCUAGGCCGGACGUACACGGUAUCCUGGUGCAGCUACCUCUACCCAAGCACAUCGACGAGCAAUCGGUCUUGCAAGCGAUCACGCCUUCCAAGGACGUGGACGGCCUUCACCCGGCCAAUGUGGCGGCGCUGUGCACGGGCAGGACUCGAGCCCCUGGGCAGGCGGCCUCCUGGCAGCUCAAGGACCUGGACUUUCAUGUUCCCUGUACGCCUCAGGGCUGCAUCGAGCUCCUGGACCGGUACGGCGUUGAGAUCUCGGGAAAGCGAGCAGUCGUCCUCGGGCGUUCCAAUAUCGUCGGUAUCCCGGUGUCGAUGCUGCUCAUGCACAGAGACGCGACGGUGACGAUGACACACUCCAAGACCGUCGACAUCGCCUCUGUGGUGAGGGAGGCGGACAUCGUCGUUUGCGCAGCGGGUAGGGCGGAGAUGGUCAAGGCGGAUUGGAUCAAGCCCGGGGCUGCCGUGAUCGACGUGGGGAUCAACUCGGUGGACGACGCCACCACGAAGAAGGGGUAUCGUCUGGUGGGAGAUGUGGACUUCAAGGCAGCCAAAGAGGUUGCUGCCAAGAUAACUCCGGUGCCGGGCGGCGUUGGGCCGAUGACAAUCGCCAUGCUCUUGCGCAACACCGUUAACGGGGCGACACGGGCAGCAGCAGCAGCAGCAGUAGCAGCAGCAGGCGGCGGCAGUGCGGGGUCUGGGUUAACCGACAACCUUCCCGUGCCACCUCCAGAUAGCUCUUCCGACAAAGUGGCAGCGCCAACGCCGAACACCGAGUAGCUAGCGGCCGUAGGUCGAGACGCCUCGUCGGGUAGACACGCUGGGCUUGGUCGGAGCCUUGAAGGCCAAUUUUUUGUUCGCGUUUCUUUGUCGAACGUUGCUGUCCAUGACGACUAAACAGUGUUUCUCGCUUCG